AUGUCUUCGAAAAAGGCAAAACUGGUGAACUCAUCACCAGAGAAACCAGCGCCGAGCACCGGCGGGCUGCAAUCGAGUAGAUGGGCAAAUCCAAAUGAAGGUUCUGAUAAAGCGAACGGCUCAGCCAGAGAAAAGACAGAGAAACCUUUUUCACGGAGACGCAGCAGCUCUGGUAAAUCAAAAAAUGAUGAAACCAUCAGUGACCCCAAAGUUAAUGCCCUUGCCGCGCGAUUAGGUAUGGUGGACAUCAGAAACGAAGAAUCAAGGACGUCUAAAGUAAGGCCGCCAGCCUCUAGCAAAGGACAACCCCGUGAAAAAGCGCGUCGCGAGAGCUCCAGCAAAGGGAACAAUGCUGUAGGAAAUUCCAAAUCUGUGAAUUCUGCAACUAGAAAAUCAACAAAUCCUUUAGCAGCGAGACUUGGAAUGGUAGACGUUGGCGAGUCGAGUGAAGACAACGAUUCGGAAGAACUCUCGAGGCCUUCCACGAGCGAUAGAAAAAGUAUAUUCGAUCGGAUCAAACCAGCACGAAUAACGCCAGAGCCUCACUCAAGUAAGUCUUCGCCAAAACCACAAGAUACGCAUCGGUCAGAGUUACAAACAAAUGCGCAUCCAACGAAACAUUCCAAGACUGAUAUUCUCAAACGCAAGAUAGAAGAGCAGAAAAAAAUACGCGAAGCAAACGUUCACAAGGCUCGGCAAUCUGAUCUUCUACAAAACUUUCUAAAUGAUGAUGCAUACACAAACUGGGACGAGGAAGUAUAA